AUGAAUCACGACAAUGACAAACCCACCAAUACAAGUACUAAAUCCAAUAAGAAACCAAAGAACAGAAGGAAGGCCGCUCAAAACAAGCAACCUCAAUCUCUUCACCUGUCAGCCACCCUUCCGACGCGAACCAUGGCCGAACCACAGAGGAACGAGCCAGGCAUCUCGGAGAGAAGAGGCAUCAGAUGGCUACCUGAUGAUCACCAACUCGAAGAACCAACUUCCACGCUGGUCCUGACUAGCUCGCGAGGCCAGUUUGUCGAUGUUCGCAUCUCCUGCAAACCAGGAGAGAUAUUGCCUAAUGAAGGCGGCCCAUCGAGUCUCCUCGACUGGGGAAUUGCUGGUAUAUCAACGAGCACCAUUAUCGAAGGACCAUCACUAAAUCAUCCCUCCAACCCACCUCCACCAGCAGACGGCUCAUCAAGAUCUGUCUGCCACUCCACAUUCUCCCACUGGAUCGACAGUCGCACCGACACUCCUGGACCCGAUCAGGGCGAUAUGUACCCCCAACCCAACAACACAACUCUUGAACUCGGUGCAAUGUACAACCCUCUCACAAACUUAGAGCAACCCUACGAAGAAGUGUGGGUCGACUACUCUGCCUCUGCUGUAGAAGGAACACGCUGGAGUGUCGUGAUCGAUCUCGACGAGCCUGAGCACAAAGCUAAAGGCCGUGUUGUUCGCGUGGGUGAACAUUGUCAAGCCAUCCUGAAGGUCGGUGAGCAAACGACUGUUGAGCGCUGGAAGUUCGAAGCGCCAGAAAAGGACAUUAAAGGUGGUUGGGAACGUCUUGCCAGAUUGGGUGAUCUGUAUUUACCCGUCUCGUUGGCAUUUACCCCCGAGAGAGUGAUCGAGGGCAACACUCUGACCUAUGGAGAUUACAAGUGGAUGGUCAAGGAGGUGUAUUCCUGGUAG